GCCCUCUCCAGGCAACCUAGUGCUGAUCGCUCGUGCCGGUGCGGCCGUUAACCGCCCUUGCGGGAGCCGGAGACUCACGAGCAGCCCCCUCCCCUUCCUGGGCUUCCCCCCCCCCCCCCCACUUCCCGGUCGGCUCCGGAGCAUGAGCAGCGAUGGCCGGCUGCAGCCCUGAGGAGAAAACUUACCGGCGCUUCCUGGAGCUAUUCCUAGGCGAGUUUCGCGGACCGUGCGGCGGCGGAGAGCCCGAGCCGGAACCAGAACCCGAAUCCGAGCCUGAGUCCGAACUGGUAGCGGCUGAGGCGACCGAGGCUUCGGUCGAGGAAUCCGGGGAGGGGGCAGCCACCGUAGCCGCGACGGAGGAGGGGGAGCAAGAGCAGGAGCAAGACCCCGAGCCCGAGGAGGCAGUAGAAGAGGAGGCGUUGGCGGCGGCGGAGGGCGAGGAGGAGGCGGCGGCGGCCCGGGGGCAGUCGGCCGUGCCGCCGCCACCGCAGCCCCUGCUGCCGCCGCUGCCCCCGCUCCCGCGGCCGCUGUCGGAGCGCAUCACCCUUGAGGAGGUGGAGGGCGAGAGCCUGGACCUGUGCCUACAGCAGCUCUACAAAUAUAACUGCCCUUCCUUUUUGGCUGCUGCUUUAGCCAGAGCUACAUCAGAUGAAGUCCUACAGAGCGAUCUCUCUGCACAUUAUAUUCCAAAGGAAAUGGAUGGCACUGAAGGGACUGUGGAGAUUGAGACAGUGAAAUUGGCCCGUUCUGUCUUCAGCAAGCUACAUGAGAUUUGCUGCAGCUGGGUGAAAGACUUCCCUCUCCACAGGAGACCCCAGCUUUACUAUGAGACAUCAAUCCAUGCCAUCAAAAACAUGCGCAGGAAGAUGGAGGACAAACAUGUCUGCAUUCCUGACUUCAAUAUGCUCUUCAACCUAGAGGACCAGGAAGAACAAGCUUAUUUUGCAGUGUUUGAUGGCCAUGGGGGAGUGGAUGCUGCCAUUUAUGCCUCCGUUCACCUGCACGUUAAUUUAGUACGCCAGGAGAUGUUCCCCCAUGAUCCUGCUGAGGCCCUGUGCCGGGCUUUCCGGGUCACUGACGAGCGGUUUGUACAGAAAGCGGCCAGGGAGAGCUUAAGAUGUGGGACCACAGGAGUGGUGACUUUUAUCAGAGGCAACAUGCUACAUGUGGCCUGGGUAGGUGAUUCCCAGGUUAUGCUUGUGAGAAAGGGCCAAGCUGUUGAACUAAUGAAGCCACACAAACCAGACAGAGAGGAUGAAAAGCAGCGAAUUGAAGCCCUUGGAGGUUGUGUAGUCUGGUUUGGUGCCUGGAGGGUGAAUGGAAGUCUGUCGGUCUCCAGAGCUAUUGGAGAUGCUGAACAUAAGCCAUAUAUCUGUGGGGAUGCAGAUUCUGCUUCUACUGUUCUGGAUGGAACUGAAGACUACCUCAUUCUGGCCUGUGAUGGCUUCUAUGAUACCGUGAACCCUGAUGAGGCAGUGAAAGUUGUGUCUGACCACUUGAAGGAGAAUAAUGGAGACAGCAGCAUGGUUGCCCACAAAUUAGUGGCAUCAGCUCGUGAUGCUGGGUCAAGUGAUAACAUCACUGUUAUUGUGGUAUUCCUGAGGGACAUGAACAAAGCUGUAAAUGUUAGUGAGGAAUCAGAUUGGACAGAGAACUCUUUUCAAGGAGGGCAAGAAGAUGGUGGGGAUGAUAAGGAGAAUCAUGGAGAGUGCAAACGCCCUUGGCCUCAGCACCAGUGUUCAGCACCAGCCGAUCUAGGCUAUGAUGGGCGCGUGGAUUCAUUCACUGAUAGAACUAGCCUGAGCCCAGGGUCCCAAAUCAACGUGCUGGAAGACCCAGGCUACCUAGAUCUCACACAAAUAGAAGCAAGCAAACCUCACAGUGCCCAGUUUUUGCCACCAGUUGAGAUGUUUGGUCCUGGUGCACCAAAGAAAGCAAAUCUUAUUAAUGAGCUAAUAAUGGAGAAAAAAUCAGUUCAAUCAUCAUUGCCUGAACGGAGUGGUGCUGGAGAGUUUCCCUCCUCUUUUAAUUUGGGUUCAACAGGGCAGCAGAUAUGCAGAAUGGAGAGUUUGUCUCCUGUUUGUUCUAGAUUGGAAAAUGAACAGUUCAGAUUCCUGGGAAAGAGAGUUUCUAGAUUGUCUCAUUUACGUUACCACUACUCAAAGAGGCGGCAUGGAUUCAGGUUUAAUCCAAAGUUUCAUUCUUUUCUUUCUGCUCGAGAGCCUUCCCACAAAGCAGGCACUAGCCUGUCCUCACUUAUUCGAAGUGGGAAGAGGAAUAGGAUGUUAAGAAGUUCUCUGCCAUGGAGGCAAAGUAGUUGGAAAGGGUACAGUGAAAACAUGAUGAGGAAACUCAAAAAGAAUGAUAUUCCAUAUCCAGAUCUUCCCUGGAGCUUUAAAAUAUAAUACUUUCUCUUUAAAGUAGGCUAGCUAGCUCUCCCCCAAUAAAAAUAUCAUUAUCAGAGUAGAAACAAGGUAGACAUUUCUGAAAUAUGUGCUUCAUUAUGAAACCAUGGAUGGCUCAAUUCUUAAAUGUAAAUAGAUCUCUAGGAAACUCAAUACAAUUGUGUUUUCAAUUUAAUAAAAAAAAGUAUUGGCGGUUUCACUAGCAAAAUUA